AAAACCGCCAUUUCAACAUAAUAUAUGAAAGUAAGGGGAGGACCCUCAGCGUGCCUGUGCGCCCCAAGACAACCAAUCGUUGUGUACUUUCAACUGUCAGUCAUAAAAAUCUGUCCAAUAGCAGCAGUCCAAUUUCUAAACUCCGUUCCCUACUGCGUGCCCCAACUGUUGUGCCUUCUGCCCAUCGCUUGAGGACAGAGUGGAAAAAGCAGCAAGAAGAGUUACAGACAUGAAAAAAAACGUGUUAGCUUGCUGUGUUUAUUAGUUCAUAUGUGAAUUUAAAAAAAAAAAAACUGCGUGUAUUUGGGAAAACCGGAACAAGUUGCUGUAGAUGGAUCUAAUAGCGUAGGUAGUUAUGGAAACUCUUUUCGGCAAGAGGAAAAUAGCGGGAAAACCACUCCUGGAUUUGGCUGCAACCGGAGCCCAUGUUGAUCAGAACGUGCCAGGCCUCCUGGGCUUACGGGGGUAUCACCCUCCCUCGUGCCAUUCGCACCUUGCACGUGAGGAGAUGGGUCACGAUCCCGCCACGGUGGCGCUCUCGUGUCCCGGAGCCGAACACCCGGCACAGGCAGGCGCCAUAAUAAAGAACAGCGCCCUUCAUCAUCGCCCUGCCCCUGGGAAGCGCGCCGAAGCUCACGUCGCCGGGGGACCUCGCGGGUCUUCUCUCAGCAGCACAGCACGUGUGCAGGUGGCGGGCGCCAAAGCGAGCUGCAGAUCCAGCAGGGGCUGCAACCCCAGGAGAGAGCUCGAACCCUCGGCCUCGGCCAUGCCGCGUGCGUUCGGCGAGCAGCAGUGCACGGCCCCCUCUGCGCAUCACCAGGGGGUGUUCCUCCACCCAGCAGCAGGUGCGCACGCCGGGCACGCGGUAGGUGCCGAUCAUGCGCUCCUCGCCGGACUUCGCGAUGACGCCGCCCUAGAUUUCAACCACUUCGCUCUGAACGGGCGACUGGGUCUCCAGGACUUGUACAGAACCGCGGAGACCACGGGCCCCACGCCCGACCGCCUCGGCACGAGUCUUCACGCCUACAACUCGGAGAACGUGCACGUGAGCGUGGCUUCCGGCAGACGCGCGGCGGCGGCGGCUGCGGCGGCGGCGGCGGACGCCUUGCUGAGGUGCGCGAGGCAGCCCGGCGUCAAGCAAGAGCUGAUCUGCAAGUGGAUCGACCGGCACCAGAGUCCGGGGAAGCCCUGUUCCAGAACAUUCGGCAGCAUGUACGAGCUGGUGGGCCACGUGUCGGUGGAGCACGUCGGCGGUCCCGAGCAGAGCAGCCACGUGUGCUUCUGGGAGCGGUGCCCGCGGGAGGGAAAGGCGUUUAAAGCCAAGUACAAACUGAUCAAUCACAUCAGGGUGCACACGGGCGAGAAGCCCUUCCCGUGUCCCUUCCCGGGCUGCGGCAAAGUGUUCGCGCGAUCCGAGAACCUCAAGAUUCACAAGAGGACGCACACGGGGGAAAAGCCUUUUAAAUGUGAAUUUGCUGGCUGCGACAGGAAGUUUGCCAACAGCAGUGACAGAAAGAAGCACUCCCACGUCCACACGAGCGACAAGCCCUACUACUGCAAAGUGCAGGGCUGCAACAAGUCCUACACGCACCCCAGCUCACUGAGGAAACACAUGAAAGUGCAUUUCAGCACUUCUCCACCCCCAUCUCCCGAUAAGCCCCCUUUGCGCUCCUCGUGCGGCUCUCUCGGAGAGUCCCUGUCCCCGACCUCUGGCCCUCCGAGGGGCCUUUCGGACAUCCUUUCCCCUAAAUUGACUAACAUCAGUGAGUGGUAUGUGUGCCAGGGGAGCGCAGCACCCAGUGUCCUUUGCACACCUCCCAGUGACACUCUUACGUCUGAUUCGGAGGACUCUUUCAAAAACUCAGACCUAAGGACAAUAUUCUGAUUGUGUGCUAUUAUGUUGUUUUCUGUACAUUUACAUUAAAACUAUAAGGUUAAUCAGUUUCGAAUCUGGUCAACUAUCAGAAAAGUGAUGCUGAAGUUCUUAUAGCGGUGCAUUCCCCCAAGAAGUAUUGUGCCGUCAACAUGAUGCCAGUAAAUAAACUGAUCAUAAAGCAAUGAUGGCUCUGCAAGAGAGCCCCGUCCCGAUUAAAAUAUUUUUAUGAGAACGGUUCAUUGAGUAGCUAACUGGCUGUUCCGCAGAUCAAGGUAUGGUGCUUUUGGAAUGACGCUGUUUCCUGACUGUCUCUUUUGUCACUGGCCAUUUGAUCUCAUAACUUCAGACAGAACCGACCAUUGGGGUAUAUUUGACAAAGGCAUCCCGCCCUUAGGAUGAACAAAUUACGGUUAAACUGUGAUCUCAAGAACACUAUUCUAUGUAAAAACCUUUUUCAUAAAUAAGAAUAGUAAACUCUAUCCAUAUGCCUGUACGUGAAAUAUACUUUUGUAUACAAUUAAUUUAAUGCACAAAGUAAAAUCAUAAAGAUCUGUGAAAAAGUAUCAAUUUCUCCUCUGUGACCAUAAAAAAGGUAGAACUUGCAGAGUUGGUCUCAUGAAAUUUGCUUCUUUUUAUAUAGCUGGUUGUUUUGAACAUAGGUUAAGUCCUUAUUACAGCUUUGUCGUUCUAUUAAUGUAAUUUAUUUGCUGUUGUGGUUUUCUUAAAUUACAGACACUCCAAAGAUAGUAUACAUGUUGGUGAACUUUUUUUUGAGAGGGGGGGAUGUGUUGUAAGUUUAGACUUGUCUUUUUUACUUGAAAAAAGCUGUGCAAUGUGUGUGUCUCCUCAGAAUGUUUAGCAGUAGAGAUGUGUUUGGGCUGGAUUGGUGCUGAUGAAAAUAGUGUCUGAUGAAGAAGCAGCUUCAACUACAAAAGGUUUUUAAAGGUGUCUGUGGAUGGCAAUUACAUGGAACAUUUGAAAUUUAUUCAUUUAAAAAAAAUAUAUAGAUAUGUUCAUGUGAUUUUUUUAGACCAGUCUCAGCAGUUGA